UGAGCUUUUCGUAAAUGGCUUAUUAUUGCUCUACUAGUUGGAGUUUGUUCUUUGUUGUUUUGCUAGAGGUGGUUGUGUGCAUAUCGGGUCGGGUUGGUUUGGGUUCGAGAUUAUAUGCUAACAACAAUCAAAUAUGGGAGUCUCCUAAUCAGACAUUUGCAUUUGGGUUUGCUCCAGCUUCAGAUGAUACUUCAAGUUCACAAGACAAUCGAUAUCAACUGGGAAUUUGGUUCGCCAAUCUUCCAGGAGACCGCACUCUUGCUUGGUCUGCUUAUUUAAACGCUCCAGUCACAAAAGACGCUAUCUUGGAACUUGAUACAACUGGAAACCUAGUCCUUACUGACGGCAGGACCACCGCAUGGACCUCAAACACCACCGACGCCGGUGUCCAAUCUAUGGAGUUACUAGAAAACGGCAACCUCAUUCUCUAUACCAGCAACCAAGACAUAGCGUGGCAAAGCUUCUCACACCCAUCGGACACCCUCUUGCCUGGUCAACCUUUGACAAUCUCAGUCGAGUUGACUUCGUCACGGAUACCCACUCGCGGCGGCGGUUAUUACACUUUGAAAAUACAACAACAACCUACUUCACUUAGCUUAGGUUUGACGUACAACCUACUUGCAGAUCCUUAUAAUUUAUCCAUGGAAGCGCAAUCUAAUUAUUCGUACUGGGAAACACCUGAAUUUUCUAACGUCACCGGUGAUGUUGUGGCGGUGCUUGGCCAAGCUGGAAGCUUUGGUGUUGUUUACGGCGGAGAUUCCGUCGGAGCAGUGUAUGUCUACAAGAAUGACAAUGACAAAAGUGAAUUAUCAUAUGCUAGUAACAUAACAAAUAGACCGACAGUUCUCCGGAGGCUAAUUCUUGAAACUAACGGCAAACCUCCGGCUGUACCGUUGGGACGACGACGUUAAUAGAUCCCGACAGUGGGUACCAGAAUGGGCGGCCGUUUCAAACCCAUGCGACAUCGCCGGAGCUUGCGGAAACGGGAUAUGUAAUUUGGACAGAAGCAAAACAAAUGCUUCUUGCGAAUGCUUGCCAGGUUCUUCCACCAAGGGAGAUGAUUUCCAGUGUACUUCGAACUCAUCAUUCACCGGAAAUUGCAGAGCUCCCCGCCAAAACUCGACUAAUUCCCAAUUCAAAAUCCAAACAGUUAACCAAACAAAUUACUAUUACUUAGAAUCAGCAGUGAUAGCAAAUUAUAGUGACAUCCCAACAGUUUCGAAAUGUGGUGAUGCUUGUUUAUCCGAUUGCGAUUGUGUUGCUUCCGUUUAUGGGCUAAACCAAGAGACCCCAUAUUGUUGGGUGUUACGGAGCUUAGAGUUUGGUGGAUUCGAGGAUUCGGGUUCAACCAUGUUCGUUAAGGUUCAGUCGAAUGCAUCUUCCAAUAGUGAACAAAAAGAUGAUUCAGGGAUGAGCAACAGCACUCGCGCGAAGGUUUUGGUUGUUCCCAUUACCCCUCAGCAUGCUUGUCCUUAUUGGACUCCUAAGUUGUCUGCUUUACAUCAACGUUCAUAAAAGGAGAGGUUUAAAAAGAGCCCUCAAGAAUUCCAUAAUUGUCUCGGGAGCUCCUCAUAAUUUUAACUUUCGCAUUCUACAAAACUGCACAAAUCAUUUUUCCGAGUUACUCGGAACAGGUGGAUUUGGGAGUGUUUACAAGGGAACUUUAGGAGAUGGGACGCUAAUCGCAGUGAAAAAACUCGACAAAAUGCUACCACACGGAGAAAGAGAAUUUGUAAACCGAAGUAAACACUAUCGGGUCAAUGCAUCACAUGAACUUGGUUCGCUUAUGCGGGUAUUGCUCCGAAGGUUCACAAAGACUUCUCGUGUACGAGUUUAUGAAAAAUGGAUCAUUAGACAAAUGGUUAUUUCAUUCGCGUAAAACUCGAGAGAGGCUCUUGGAAUGGCCAACUCGGUUCCAAAUAGCGGUUGGUACAGCACAAGGCAUCGCGUAUUUUCAUGAGCAAUGUAGGAAUAGGAUAAUACAUUGUGAUAUCAAGCCGGAGAAUAUUCUUUUGGAUGAAAAUUUUUGUCCAAAGGUUUCCGAUUUUGGAUUGGCUAAGUUGAUGGGAAGGGAGCACUCACAGGUUGUGACCAUGGUCCGAGGAACACGAGGCUAUUUGGCUCCUGAAUGGAUUAGCAAUCGUCCUGUAACUGUAAAAGCGGAUGUUUAUAGUUAUGGAAUGCUCUUGUUAGAAAUUGUUGGUGGGCGGAGAAACCUUGAUAUGAACUAUGAUGCAGAUAAUUUCUUUUUCCCCGGAUGGGCUUUUAAGGAAAUGAGAAACGGGGAAGUGAUGAAGAUAGCGGAUAGACGACUAGAAGGGGCAGUAGAUGUAGAGGAGCUUUUAAGAGCAUUGAAAGUCGGUUUUUGGUGCAUACAAGAUGAUGUGAACAUGCGGCCUUCGAUGAGUGAGGUGGUGAUGAUGUUGGAAGGUUCGGUAGAGGUGAAUGAGCCACCAAUGCCACAAUCAGUUUUAGAGCUUAUUGAAGAAGGGUUAGACCAUGUUUACAGGGCAAUGAAACGAGAGUUUAACCAAUUUAGCUCUUUCACUAUCACCAACAUGACAAGUCAACCAUCGUCUCGUGCAACAUGUAGUUACUCUACAAUGUCACCGAGAUGAUGUUGAUGGAACAAAGAGGGACUACAACAACAUUCAACCUUUUUUUCCUUUCAAGAUUGAUUGUAAAAUGUUUAGGGAAAUGUCAAUGAACUACAG